CCGUGUUGUGGCGGGACAGAGGUGACCUUGGACGCUGCUCUGGCCACCUGUCCCCGCUCUUGAUUAGGCUUUGGCUCUCUGCCUUCCCUCCAGUGGAAGCCGUUUUUAGGAUCUGAGCUCAGCGGGGCUCUGUAGCGAUCCCACUUUGUGGCAUUCCGCAGAAAUCCCCGGUGGAGCUCUUCGGGCUGCGGUGCUCCUGCCCCCCCUUACCCGGGGCCAGGUUACCCCUUCCCCCCUUCCCAGCCUCGCGUGUGCGCUUUAUCAAAACCGAUACCCGUUCAAAAAGAGAAAAGGCAGCUUGGGCCGACUUCCCUCUUUCCUUUCCCCUUGUCCUUGUCAACCGGCUCCCUCCGCCCGCGCUGCUCUGGGGCCGCAGGAUCGCCCCGGGAUGGCGGGGGGCCGUGACCCCGCCGCGGGCUCCCGGGGCGCUCCCCGCCCGCUCCCGGCGCGCCCCGCCCGCGGCGCCGCCGUGCCCCGGGCCAUGAUCGCCGUCUCCAUCCCCGCGGCGGAGCCCUCGGCGGCGGCAAGCAGCCCCGAGCGGGCGCACACGGUGUUCCGGGUGGAGGUGCUGUGCAAUGGCCGGCGGCACACGGUGACCAAGCGCUACAGCGAGUUCCAGGCACUGCACAAGCGGAUCAAGAAGACCUGCAAGGUCCCCGACUUCCCCCCACGCCAUGUCCCCAACUGGAUGCCCAAAGCGCUGGAGCAGCGCCGGCAGGGCCUGGAGGUCUACCUGCAGGGUGUGCUGCACCACAACGAGGAGCUGCCCCAGGACAUCUUGGACUUCCUGAAGGUGCGGCGGUGCCAGCAGAGCCCCAAGGCCAGCAGCCCCCCCACCAGACUCCUGCCCUCCCAGCGCCCCAUUAUCGGCUUCUGCUCGGAUCCCUACGUGCGGCCACACGGCACCGAGCUGCUCCCCAACACCGUCCUCUGUGGGGUCCUGCAGGGCCUCUACCUCCCCCUGAGCUGUGUCCCCGGCCCAGCAGCACCCCCAGCCUCUGGAAUGAUGAGUUCCACACAGAACACAGACAUGCAGUGGGGAGAGAAAGGAUCCUUGUGGUGAAAUUCACUCCUCCCUGCUGGGAGAAGCCAAAGGGAUGUUGGGAACUGCUCUCCCACCACCAUGCAAAGUGCCUUUGUUGGCAGAGCAGGAGCUCUGCCUUCCCCCCUGCUGUUGUGGGCUGGCAGUAUGAGCCUUUGGAUGCUGAAUGGUGCUGGAAAACCUCUCUGCAUCCAGGCUUUGGUGCAAUAAAUCUCCUGGAUUUGACUGUGCUGUACUGUGGAAUUCUGCAAAGCAAACCCAGCGCCAA